AAAAAAUAUGGAAGAAAGGCAUCGAAAAUUCAUCGGUAAUAUUUCCACGAUUGAAAUUCAUCCGAACGAAAUACAGACACGAACGAAACCCUCGGGCAAGUGUAAAUUUAGAAAGUUCGAAAAAUUAGCAGAAACUAAAAAAUUGGAGUGAUUUAUUUAGGAAAUUGUUUCAUUUUGGCAACAGGGAUUUUCGCUGGUGAAUUUUUUGUGUGGAAGAUAAUGGCCGAAGAAAAGGGAGAAAUUGAAUCAGCUGUAGCUGCACCACCACCACCGCCACCAUCUGUGCAAAUCCCUCCUCAAUACGAUGUGAAUGCUAAGUGGGAUUACUGUAUGGAUUUGGGUCUGCGUCGGGUUUUCUACUCCACCCUUGCUGGUUCCGCAACUGGCCUUCUCCUCUUCCGGAGUCCUGUUACGCGAUGGGCAUCGGUAGCAUUUGCUGCUGGCCUUGGAGUAGGAUCUGCAUACUCAGAUUGCUCCCACAAAUUUGAGGGAUCUGCAAAAUCAACACCCAGUGUUUCUGAAGCUCCAAAGGAUAGGGAGCAAUGAAGCAAUUCCCAUGGAGAUUUUUGGGGAAACUUGAUAUGAUGUUGUUGGAUUUGGGGACUUUGUCCUUUUUGUUACAUGGUUGAUUGUUUAGAAUGAUGUAUGCAACUUUUACAUGAAUCUGAGUGCAUUUUCUUUAACUCGGUUAUUAGAAUCAAGUGAAGAGGGAGGAUCAUGGAAAAGCUAAUAAUUGGUACUGUAGUGGUAUGCUCUUUAUAGAGUCUAUUGGCCCCCAUUUUGCAAGAGCUUUUAUCAUGGUGUAGAAUGUGAAUGCACUCGAAAGAAAUUAAGAUCCAUGGUGUCAACUUAAUUAAAAGAUCUUAUUUUUGGGUAUAAGAGGUUUCUGUAUUUCCAUAGUUUGGAGCGUUCUCAAUCUGUGUUUGCCAUUAUAUUGUUUGGUAGGACAUGGACCGUUUUAACCUUGUUCCGAUUGGAAUAACAAUGCUGUGACGAUAUCCAUGCUUGGUCGCUUGAAACAGGAAAUACCAUUCGUCCAUGAUGUUGCAUGUUUAGCUGUUCCAAUGAAUGUCAAGUUUCCUUGUGCUUCUGGUUUGCUUAAAAUUUUAGGAAAGUUAGCGGGUCUUGGGUUCAAUGUCCAUGUAGGUAUCAACUGUGUUGUUUGAUUUCAUAUUUCUACAAAAUGUCUUCUAUUGGUGGUGCCUGGUUUUUGCAAGUCCUCUUAGGGUAGUGUGGUAAGGUUUUCUUUUUAUGGGAUAUGGUGAUCUCAAGCGGAAUGCACUCUUUUUGUCGUAACUGGAGAGAUGAUCGGGAGUUUUGGACUGUAAAUUUAAUAGUCAUCUACUAUAUGGAUCAAUCUAGCCUUAGGAUCAUUGUAUUGGAAGGUGUUACGACUAGACGUUAUAUUGUGAACACUACAAAUUGUUUGUGUAAACGAUCUUGUACUCCUUUUGUCCCAAAAUUAUUUUUGAAAUUUCACUUUUAGUACAAUUUUAAACUAGAAAUAAAAAUUCGAACUAUACAAUAAUUU